GUCUAUCACUGAUUUUUUCGGAAUAUCAUGCGAUGCGAUUUCACUUUCAGAGAUAUUAACCCUUUCCUUAAAACACAUCAUCUCUCGAUUUCCCUUUCAAGUGCCCGCGCCAAAAAUGAAACCCUAAAUCUUGAAAUGGAGCCAAAUUCUCUAGUCUCUCUUUUGCCUUAACAGUUAAUAAUCACCGAUUGUGGUCAGAGUUCGACGGAGAGUUUGAAUUGCAGCGGUGGUGGGACGAUAAGAGUAUCUUGAUCGCCUUGUACUGGUCUUCCGAAACUGACAGGUAAAUUUGUGAUGUUUGAUGGAUUCCCUUUUCUUGUUAUAGUUACUGAUUCCAUUCGUUUCGGUGAAGCUUAUAGGUUCCCAGAAUUGGAAGUAUAUGUAGUUGCCUUGCGUUGAAUCCACAUAGAAAGUUAUGGUUAAGCGGAGGUGUAACUGUGGGUUGAGGAAAGCUGGGAAAAGGCGUCGAAAGGUGGAAGAUACUUCAUCUACUACUGACAGGUUAAGCCAUCUUCCCGAACCCAUUAUUUAUCACAUUCUUUCGUUCCUCGAUACCAAAUCCGCCGUUCGGACCUCAAAGUUGUCCCGAUCAUGGAGUCGCGUGUGGAAGCAUGUCCCUGUCCUUGAUCUGCGUAGUAGUGCCCUCCGAGGGCUUGUGCGUCUUGAAAAAUUUGUGUGCAAGGUUCUGUCACUCCGCUAUGACCUCAAUGUCCGCAAGGUUAGCUACAUUGAUGAUGUAGGCUAUGGGUUUCAAAGACACGAGAGCAUGAUGGUGAGGGUCAUCAAAUAUGCUUUUUCUCAUCGGGUUCAACAUCUAGUGGUUGACACGGGAUAUGACAGCAAUCAUGAUGAUACUCACAGAUUCUCCUUUUUGUUUGGACCAAUCAAGAAUUGUGAUCAUCUGGAAACUCUAGAGUUAGGAUCUGUAACCCUUGACAGUGGAUUUGGGUAUUCUGGUUUCCGAAUGCUGACAACGUUGAAUGUGAGGGCUUGCAUGUUGGAUACUGAUCAGGGGGAUGAUCUUGAUCUCUUUUGCAACUUUCCUUAUCUGAGGAAUUUGAUAUUGUCUGACUGCUUCCUUCCUUGCACAAAAAGUGAAGGGAAUCUGAGGGUAUGUGGACCUGAAUUGGAUAACCUGGAAUUGAAUGCCAUGGAUCAAUUCAAGAUUGAAAUUUUCACUCCGAAACUCACAUACUUGAACGUUCGUCAAGACUUGGACUCCCUCGGAUUCUCCAAGUUAACCCUUCCUUCCCUAGAUCAUGCAGAUAUUGGGAUGCUCAAAGUCCCAGGGUAUGAUUCUGACAAAUUUAAGGCACAGAUGCAACAAAAUUUGACCUCCUUGUUCCAUGGUGUGCAUAAUGCAAGAUCUUUGAAGCUACAUGGCUGUAGUGUUGAGAUAGUGGAUGAUGUUUGUGAAUUUCUGAAACAACAGCCACCCCCCUUUAAGAGAUUGGAGUGCUUGAUCGUGGGAUCUGAUAGUCUACCAAAGGAACUCAUUGAUUGCUUUUUUAAAGGGUCAUCUUGUCAAGAGCCAUCUAUUGUUUAUGAUCUGAAAGUCGUCGUUGACAACUUUGCCACAGUUUCUGAUUUUGGUUAGUGUUUCCUUUCCUUCUUUUCAGAUCAAUUAGAUAGGAAUAGUCACACCCGUCUAUUGUUAGUUCUUGAAACAGGUCGUUCUGAAUCACUUUGCAAGGUACACAACCUGUUCUUUGUGAAAUAUGACAAGCGCUAUUGAUCUAUUAGACAAGUAUGUGUUUCUCCCAACUGCUGGAUACUUAUGGCUGGUAUUAUCAUUAUUGGUCUUUCUGCUUGUACUGGUAGUUGUUUUCCCCCUAAUUCUUGUAUUGGCAAUUUGGACAACAUGACAAUUAGAUCUAUACCAUUUUAUACUGGCUCUCUGUUUGAUUAUUUGAGGAUGUUACUUUGCCCGAUGACAAUUCUUUUGUGACUGAAUGAAUGGACAGAUAAGCUGAUCUCAGUUGACUUGACACAAUUCUUCUGCUGUAAGCUGAACUGCUACCUUAAAGAAUUUGUGGAUUGCGUGAUUGGUCUCUCAUUGCUUGCUUUUGAUCGUUCAAUUAAGUUGGGUGAUGCUCAGUAUCCUGCUGCAAUCAUCGACGGGGAUCCUGUCUCCACCUCUCUCUCAAAUGUAACUGAGGGUGCUCAUUAAAUCUGCCAAUCCUUUCAGAUGAGUUACUUCACAAGCAAGGUUCCUCCAGUGCCAUCGGCUAGGGAAUAUUGAUGCUGGAGACCCACCAUGGCUAGAGAGCAACCUUGAGAGUUGAGAGAAGUAAGAAAAGGGCCAAACAUUCUCAUCAAUUUCGAGUUUGAGGGCUACAGUGCUACACCAUGGUGAUCCUUAGUGAGUGGUGAAUGGUGAUGACAGCCAAGAAAAUUAAUUUGCGCCGAGAGUCGAACUGAGGGUGCUUCUCAUUCGUUGGGCUCGGGAACACUGAUCUUCCUCGAGGCAUGGUCAGGCCAACUACCUCCAGAGAGGGAUGAUAAUGGGUCAGGUUAGGUCUCAAAUCCAACUCACCAAGUUACACCCAUUAAAAAAUUCGGUAAAAUACCCAUUGAGUUUUAGAAGUUAAAAUUCAACCAAACUCAAUGGGUACCUAUGGGUUCACGAACAUAAGUAUAUCUUAUUUCUUCCAACAUCGAUAUUGUAAUGUUAUCGAAAAUUUCCCUCUAUAAACAAUACUAACAUCCAUAAUGUAUUCAUAUUAUUAGGUUUAUAUAAACAUAAAGGCUAAUAACAUCCAUAUUGUUCA